AACUUCCCCGCCGUGAGAGUGGACACGGCUUUGCUUGGAUUCACCUACUUUGGGGACUUCACACAAACUGUCCAUUUCAAUUACCAAAUACAUCUACUACACUCAUAGUCGCGACAACUCACCACUGAACCUUGCUGGUCGCUUGGAACCCACGGUCGUUUUGGGCUUCUGCCGGCUAUGGAUGACGGUUUCCGGCAGCCUGCGAAACUUCAGAAGCGGAAGAGCCGCGAGCGACAGGAACUGGAACAAAUGAGUGGAGGUUCGAAUGGUCAGCAAGCUGCCAACUCGUCACAACCCAUGGCUGGCUCCCAGAAUAUGACGUCUACCGAGAAGGAAAAGCGCUCGAAAUGGCGCAUGUCCAAUCCUUUCUCAUCAAAGGACAAGACAUCGAAAGAAAGUCUCAACCACACCCAAAAGGACGCCGAGAAGGAGAAACCCCGUAAAGACAUCGACUCGGCUUACUACAGCAGCGAACGCAGCAGUGCCGACCCGAGCCUCGCAAAUCAAGCACGCCCAAUUUCUGGCGAACAAAACCACAGCCAGCCAACGAACACCCAGGCACCUCCAUUCCAUACCACACCGUCCAACGGGAACACCCAAGACACUCUUGUACCGCCUCAGAGAACGGUUCAGAAUCGCUCGAGCCAUGAGAAUGUGGGCAGGGAAACGUACCGCGACGCUGGCACGGGAAACAUAGUCACGGUCACCACAACCACGACAACGACUACCACCACCACAACUGGUCCAGGAGGCUCUACCACGGUAGAACAGCCUCAUGACAGCGGUAAUGGGCAUGCACAAAACAUACACACAUCUGGUCCAAGCCCGCCUGAACCGGCUUCCCCUCUGCCAGAUAACCACUACCACCAAGGACCAGGUUUGUCAGCUCAAUCAGCUGCACACCAUGACCUGACUCCCCCGAUACCCGAGAGCAGCAACCCGUCAAGCAACAGGCUCUCUCCCCAAGUUUCCCAUGCCGAUGGAUCAUCGUCUCCACCCAUUCCAGCGAAGAACAACAUACGACACAGGGUAGAGUUGGAUUCGGUCUCGCCGGGAGUCCAGCGACCAAAUCCAAUGGAUGACAACGUCAGUCCAAUCACUCCCGGCAGUCCGUCGCGCGCAAACUUCUCUUACCCAGCUCGGGCUCCUCCUCAAGGCGUUCCGCGACAGAUUGCUGCAAACGGCAUGCAGCAACAAACAGGUAUACCUCCUGUACCGCCAGUGCCGGAGCAACAGCACCGCGGAUCAGGCAUUUCGCAAAUACCAAGACAGCACGAACAACACCCUGGUAUGCCACAUUCCAUGUCAGGCCAGCACCCAGCUAGCCUACAGUCGAGCGCCGACUCGAACGAUGCACACAGGCCAGGCCACGAGCUCCCAAAGCAAAGCACCAUGGCAAAUCUCAAAGCGGCCGCCGCUGGCAUUCACGGUGCGGGAGAAACCCUCCGCGGAACAUUCAACGACACAUUUGACCGUCGCAAUCCCACCGCCCACGCCAAAAACCAAGCUGUCAUCGACAAGGGCCGCUCGGAAAUCGACACGGCACGCGCGAGCCAUUACCAAUACCAGAAUCAGGCUCACGCCUCACAGCAGUAUGAGCAACAGCAGCCUCCAACGCCGCAGGUCGGAGCCGCCAAGCUCCCCUAUGCGGGUCCUCCGGUGUCGGGGUCGCAGAUUGAGGGUAGGAGUCACAAUGGACGAGGAAGUAAGUUGAGUAAUAUUAUGAAGAAGAUGAGGGAGGGCCCGGCGCCGGGUAACGAGGGAGCGGCGCAUCAUGCGUGAAGAGAUGGUUGGGUUACUAUGCUACUGUAUUGCUGUAUUCAGUGGAAAGGCUGCGGGAUGUGAGAUGAGGGAAUGAUUUCAUGUCUAGAUAAUGAAUGUGGUAAUAUGGGCAAGAUGAAUUAGUCAUCUGUAGUAUUCAUCAGUGAU